AUGACAGUGCAGGAAAUCGACCAAAACAAGCAGCUACAGGCUGCUCUUGAAAAGGACAAGAAUGUGGAACAAGGAGUAGUUGGGGAGAUACAAGAGGAAGAGGUCCUACAAGUUGAAGAUUUGGGCAUUGGGUCCGAAUCUUGCAAGCAGUUAGCAUCUCAGAUGAAUGAGCUAAUAGUUUCCGUAAAUGCCAAUAUAAUUACCCCUCCCUUGGAAGCUACUGAGGGUUCAAAUUCAGGAAGUCCAAUUCAAGAGAUUAAUAAACGGAUACGAGCACUUAAAAAAGAAGAUUCGACUUGCAGAAAGACAACAAUAGAAAAUUGCACAAGAUAUGAAGCCAGAACAAUUGGACAAAUUGACAAAGCUGGAAGGCUUCACAAGGAGCUAAAACUUUUGGAGGAUAAAAAGGUAGAAAUGGCAACAUCAUAA